CUCAUAUCCGAAAGAUUCGAAUACGUCAAGGACUUUGAGCAACCUGAUGUAUUGCUUCCCAAUACGUGGAUCGUGGUCCGCAUUGACGGAAGAGGAUUUCACAAGUUAUCAGACCACUAUGAGUUUCAAAAGCCUAAUGACCGCCGGGCUCUGGACCUCAUGAAUACGGCCGCAGUUGAGGUCAUGAAGGAUCUGCCAGAUCUAUGCAUCGCCUAUGGCGUCAGCGACGAGUUCAGGUAUACCCAUCUCUUCUUUCCCUCUGGACUAUUUUCACUGACUCCUCCUCCUCCAAGCUUUGUCUUCCAUCCAACUUGUCAGCUCUUCGAGCGACGAAACGCGAAACUAGUGACCACCAUUGUGUCCACAUUCACAGCACAUUACAUCUAUCAAUGGUCAAAUUUCUUUCCCGAUAAGCCGCUUCAGCCACCAUUUUUGCCGUCCUUUGAUGGACGCGCGGUCAUAUAUCCUUCAAAUCGAAUUCUCAGAGACUACAUGAGCUGGAGACAAGUCGAUUGCCAUAUCAACAACCUUUACAAUACAACAUUCUGGACCAUGGUGCUCAAGGGUGGAAUGAGCAAUACAGACGCCGAGCAGGAGUUGAAGGGCACUGUUUCUGCCGAUAAGAAUGAGAUCCUCUUCAAACGCUUUGGCAUAAAUUAUAACAACGAAGAGGAAAUAUACAAGAAAGGGAGCGUCCUUUAUCGCCAGUUCGAGCUCCAGGAACCGCAACCAGUUCCUGCAUCAACAACAGAAGAGGCUGCAGAGCCGGAACCGAAGCAAUCAAGAUCGCAACAAGACAAGCUUCGCAAGCUCCGUCGAAAGGCUCGGGUAGUGGUAGACCAUGUUGACAUUAUCAAAGAUGAUUUCUGGGAGAGGCGGCCCUGGAUCCUCUCGAAUAAGCCUGGCACCCUGCCAGCGCAGACUUGA